AAGGAGCGGGCUGGCGGUGGGGCGACCGCGCGCCGGGGCCAUGCCGCGCUCCUUCCUGGUGGAUUCACUUGUGCUGCGCGAGGCAGGCGAAAAGAAAGCGCCCGAUGGCAGCCCGCCGCAGCUCUUUCCCUAUGCAGUGCCUCCGCCGCACGCACUGCACGGCCUCUCGCCUGGCGCCUGCCACGCGCGCAAGGCCGGGCUGCUGUGCGUGUGCCCGCUGUGCGUCACCGCCUCGCAGCUGCACGGGCCCCCCGGGCCGCCCGCGUUGCCUCUGCUCAAGGCAUCCUUCCCGCCCUUCGGCUCGCAGUACUGCCACGCACCCCUGGGCCGCCAGCACUCGGCCGUGUCUCCCGGGGUUGCUCACGGCCCAGCCGCUGCAGCUGCUGCCGCCGCCCUCUACCAGACCUCCUAUCCGCUGCCCGACCCCAGGCAGUUCCACUGCAUCUCUGUGGACAGCAGCUCGAACCAGCUGCCCAGCAGCAAGAGGAUGCGCACCGCGUUCACCAGCACGCAACUGUUAGAGCUGGAGCGUGAGUUUGCCUCUAACAUGUACCUGUCCCGACUACGCCGCAUCGAGAUCGCGACCUACCUGAAUCUGUCAGAGAAGCAGGUUAAGAUCUGGUUCCAGAACCGCCGGGUGAAACACAAGAAGGAGGGCAAAGGUAGUAACCACCGCGGCGGCGGCGGGAGCGCAAACGCGGGCACGGGAGCACCGCAAGGCUGCAAGUGCGCGUCGCUCUCCUCUGCCAAGUGCUCCGAGGACGACGACGAAUUGCCCAUGUCUCCGUCGUCAUCUGGAAAGGACGACCGGGAUCUCACCGUCACUCCCUAA